UUUUGCGAGAAAACAGAUUCUACGGCACAAUUUCAAAAUUCGACACGGAACGUGGGUUUCCAAAGCUACGCAUAUUGGACGUUGCUUCCAACAAUUUUUCAGGUGACUUGUCGAUUGAAUUUUUGCAGAGUUUGAAGGCAAUGGCGAAUAUGACUAAUGACGAAAAGGCUAAGCUGGAUUAUAUCGGAGAGAGUUAUUAUCAAGACUCUGUGACAAUUGUUAACAGAGGGAUUGAAAUGUUCUACCAAAAAGUCUUGACAAUUCUUACUUGUCUUGACCUUUCCAACAAUAGUUUCCAUGGGAGAAUACCAGAAGAAAUACAAAUGCUGAGGUCACUCAGAGUGAUGAACUUAUCCAACAAUGGCUUCUCUAGUGAAAUCCCAUUAGCACUUCAAAAUCUAAAAGACCUCGAAUCUUUGGAUCUCUCGAGAAACAAGCUGUCAGGGAAGAUUCCUCCACAACUUACAAGUCUAACUUUCCUGGCAGCAUUGAACUUGUCAUACAACCAACUUGAAGGGAGCAUACCACAAAGCAACCAAUUCAUUACAUUUACAAAUGAUUCCUACCGUGGGAACCCAAAAUUGUGUGGGCUGCCAUUGUCAAGGAAAUGCAAUGAAGUCGGUCUUCCAGUGGCACCACCUCCACGGCGAGAUGGAGAAUCAUGGUUAUAUGCUAUGUCUACUUGGAAAAUUGCGUUGAUAGGUUAUGCUAGUGGAUUAGUCGUUGGGCUAUGUAUUGGAUAUACAGUGCUGAAUGAGUUGGGAAACAAAUGGGUUGACAAGUUCAAAAAGUGUGGGAAAAGAAAUAGAAGAUGUAGGUGACUCCAUCAGAAUUCUUGCUUCAAAAUUAGCUGGAGGUAUACUUGAAGCAGGACAUGGAAUGCACAGUUGUGAGGUACAUGAAGAAUGUAGGCAAUUAAUGAUCCUAACAAGAUCAAUCCACUGGUUUGUAAUUUUGCUUUAUAUGCACUUUUUUCCUGUUGUAGUUUUCCAUGAGUAUAAAUAAGUGUUUAUUCAUUUUGCAUCCAGGUCCCUGUGGAUUUGGGGGAUGCAAUGUUUCACUGCUACUGAAUUUCCAUGCUAAUAAUGAUAUUAUAAACAUGGCUGCCCAAGCUUUCUUUUAUAUGCAAUUUACUUUUACUUCAAUUUUUUUUUUAUCUUCAGAAUAUUUAUACAACUGAGGAGAUUUGAUGGCAUGAUGUUGAUGAAAGCCAUAUCUGAUGGACAUUGGACUGAUUGUGUAAAGAGACGCAGAUGCUGCUACUCUAAUCCUUUGCUCUUCCAAAUAGACAUUAGCACGCGUUAGGCUUUAAGACCGGGUGUAAAGGGUGGACCUAUUGGUUUGGGUUUUGGUUCAACCCGACACUUAUUUUUAUACUAGUUUAUUUAUUCUUUCAAUGAUAGUUUUAUUAAUUUCAAAAAUAUGGUUGAAUUAAGUAAU